UGGCAUGUGAGUUAGACGGCAUUGACACUGCAUUACGAAGAUUCUUUUGACUAUUUCACUUUGCCGGCAAUCGAAUUAGAAAAUGUCAAUUUGGAAUGAUUAUUAACAGUGUUUUCCUUAACAUAACAAACCAGGCAAAUUCAGCCAUUUGGCAAGCAAAAGUUGACAGAACAAGUAGACCAUUUUAUUUUCUGUUUGUUCUACAACAAUCCAUGAUCAAGCAAACCCUUUUCAUGAAGUUGGUAAAACCAUUUUUCUGCUAAACAUUUCUCUUUUCGUCGAAGAUGAACAGAGUCCUCAUCAGGGUACUGCCUCUUUUGAUGUUUCUACUCUUCCAUGUCUCGAAUUCCGAAAAUGAGGAAGUGAAGCAAUCCCUGGUAAGAUUCAUGGACCAACUUGCGGCUGAAAAUGUAAAGAGAGAUCAAAGUUGGGGUUGGAACAUGACAUCAGACCCCUGCAAAGACAAAUGGAAAGGCGUAUCGUGUGAUCUGCGGUUGCAGUCCGUCAAGAAAGUUGUUCUCGAUGAGUUAAAUCUGACCGGAGUUCUCGAUAUCGGUUCAAUCUGCAAGGCAAGUUCCCUUUUCGUGUUUAGCCUUGUUAAGAACGAUGUCGUUGGGUUGAUAUCAGGAGAGAUUGGGAAUUGCAAACGUUUGACUCAUCUGUAUUUAAAUGGUAACAAAUUAUCUGGUCACCUUCCAGAUUCUCUAACACAGUUGAGUAGCUUGAAAAGAUUUGAUAUAUCCAACAAUAACUUCUCCGGCAAGGUUCCCGAUUUGUCCCGAAUUUCGGGCCUGCUUACUUUCCUUGUUCAGAAUAAUCAACUUAGUGGAGAGAUACCAAAGCUUGAUUUCUCCAAUCUAAUGCAGUUCAAUGUCUCUAACAACAACUUCAGUGGUCCACUUCCUGAUGUAAAAGGCCGGUUCUCUGCCGAAAGUUGGUCAGGUAAUCCACAACUAUGUGGAGAAUCAAUCUCAAAGGCAUGUCCAUCAACAUCACCAUCAUCACCAUCAACACCGAGAUCCAACGAUUCAUCGAGGAAGCUGUUUCUUAUCUACUCCGGUUAUGCUGUUCUUGGUCUUAUUAUUCUGCUAGUCGUUGCCUUCAUAUUAGUGGGUGAAAGGAAGCCGAGAGAAGACAAGACGGAUGUUGCUGGAAAGGGAGUUUACGCAUACGCUAGCAGCAUUUACGACGAGUCCAAGAUCACCGUGCAUAAGUCAGAGUAUUCAGCAAGUUCUGACGAGAGUAGAGUCACCAUGUCACCGCUCGUAGUUCUUAGAAGUCCGACGGCACUUGCUUUAAGGUUUGAGGACCUGCUUCGAGCUCCAGCUGAAUUACUUGGAAAGGGGAAACACGGAAGCCUUUACAAGGUAACACUCGAUAACGGAGCGACGACCUUGGCAGUGAAGAGAAUCAAAGACUGGCGUGUUACGAGUCGAGACUUCAAGAGGAGAAUGCAGAGGCUGCACCGGGCAAGGCAUCCGAACAUAUUGCCAUCAGUUGCUUAUUAUAGUUCCAAUCAGGAGAAGCUCGUCGUGUACGAAUAUCAACCAAACGGAAGUCUUUCCAGGCUAAUCCAAGGACCCGAAAACGUCGAGGCAUUCGAAUGGGGAAGCAGAUUAAACGUUGCAGCUACACUUGCAGAGGCUUUAGCAUAUAUGCACGAGGAGCUCAGAGAAGAUGGGAUUGCUCAUGGUAACUUGAAAUCAACAAACAUACUGUUCAACAACAACAUGGAUCCAUGCAUCACUGAAUAUGGCCUAAUGGUUUUGGAUAGUAAAGAUCCAUCAUCUAAUAAUUCCCAAUCCAACAGCUUCGAAAAUAACGACUCGGAUCCUGCACAGGUUUUCAGAAGCUUUAAAGCAGAUAUCUAUGGCUUCGGGGUGAUUCUUCUUGAACUUGUGACAGGAAAGCUGGUCACCAACAAUGGGUUCGAGUUGGUUCAGUGGGUGAACUCAGUGGUUAGAGAGGAAUGGACCGUUGAAGUGUUUGAGAGAGGGUUGAUUUUGGAUGGUGCAAGUGAAGAGAGGUUGAUGAUCCUUUUGCAGAUAGCAUUGAAGUGCGUAAACCCUAACCCUUAUGAAAGGCCAGACAUAAAUCAAGUUGCUCUUGUGAUCAACGCGUUGAAAGAUGAAGAAGAUAAAUCAAGCUUCUAUCAGUGAACCACUCC